UAUCAGCCAGCAGGUGGCGCAAAGUGCUAAAUCUAAGCCGCCAUCAGUGCGAGGCAUAAUCGCAUCUUCGUAUCUUUCUUCUCUGAAGUGCAGCAUUUUUUUUUUCACGCUGUGAGUUGUAACUUUGAAUUUCCAAGAUGUCCCCCAUUGACAGUCAGCUUCCUAUGCCGACUGGCCCGUCACAAGGGGGAGGUACAGGAGGUGGAAGUAUUGCGCUUAACACUCUUAUUGACUAUAUUAUUCAAAGAACUUAUGCAGAAAUGUCUGUACUGUCAGAAUUGCUUCCACGAAAAUCAGAUAUGGAACGAAAAAUAGAGAUUGUCCAGUUUUCACAGAGAACACGCCAGUUAUUUGUUCGCCUCUUGGCCUUGGUGAAGUGGGCUAAUAGCGCUAGUAAAGUGGAUAAAUGCGGGGAAAUAUGCAACUUUUUGGAACAGCAAUCAUUAUUGUUUGUAGAAACAGCUGAUGCUAUGGCCAGAAUGGCAAGAGAAACUUUAGUUAAUGCUCGUCUUCCAAACUUUCCAUUGCCUUAUGCUGUUGAUGUCUUAACAACUGGGACCUACCCCAGAUUACCAACCUGCAUUCGAGACAAAAUUGUUCCUGUUGAUCCAAUAACAGUGACAGAGAAACGCCUCACUUUACAAAGAUUGAGUCAAGUGAUAGAGUAUCGGUUAGUGUGCAGUGAGCUUCCUCCACAAAUGAGACGUCUAAAAAUAGAAAAUGGUCGAGUAAAGUUUCUUGUGGAACAUGAAUUUGAGGUGACACUAACUCUGAUGGGAGACAGUCCUACUAUACCAUGGCGAUUACUAGACAUUGCUAUUUUGGUAGAAGAUCAUCAGACUGGUGAUGGAAAAAGCUUGGUCCACUCUCUGCAGGUAAACUACAUCCAUAGACUAGUGCAGUCUCGUCUUCUGGAUAAUGAGAAACCUCUACAUGAUCUCUACAGAAUGCUACAUUCCUUCUGUUUGUCUUUACAACUGGAAGUAUUGCACUCACAGAUUCAACGCCUUGUUAGAGAACGGCUUGGUGAUAGUGUUCGAGUAGAGGAGUAUACACCUGGGAAAUGUUUGGUUGUAUCUUACUGGAGAGAUCAAAUUAAAAAAGAAAAAGAUAGCAGUGUUUAUAAACUAAGUGUUCAUGUAUCAGAAGAAGAUGAAGGUAAACCGUUACAGAUAAGUCACAUUCCACUCAUGACUGUUGAGGAAGCUCGAAAAGUAGGAUUAUCCAUAAGGAGUGAACAUCUCUCCAUUGAGAAACUCAUCAUUCAAACAAUUGAAGUCCGUACUCAUGCUAAACUUAAGGAGUUUGCUAAAGAUCUUCAAAAGUAUGUUGAUGGUCCCUGUGAAAUCAAAGAUGUUCCAGCUGUUCUCCAUGUACCAGUCUUAAAUCCAUUCACUUCUGCUGAAGUUUUGCGUGUUGCUAUUGAUAUCCAGCGAGGAACAUUCUUAACAUCAGUACCUUGCUCAAAUCAUCCUGUCAUUCAAGAAAUUGAAGAAAACCUUAAUGGGGAAAGAAGACACCUUGAUAAACAAAUUGCCAAACUGAGAUCAGAAUUAGCUUUACUGCGGUGUGAAAAGUCUGUCCAACAGCUCCCUGCCAGCAGCCAUCGCCAGUUGCCCUUUAUAAACUUUGCUGGCCAUGCCCUAGAGUCACUCUCGAAACACAAGUUGUAUGUUCGAGUUCCCAAGCAGACUUCAUAUGCUGUGGUUGUCGAAGUGGAGGAUGUUCCUCCAAAAUCAUUUGUCUACAAAUACUACCUUCUAGAGAUGGCUACUGCCAGUACUGAAAAUACUGACAACACUUUAGUUGAAGAUAAUGGAGCUGUGAAGCCAUUCCUGAAAGCCAAACAUCUUACACCUAUUAACAUAUUUUCAUUGACUCAUGGUCCAUAUGCUACUGUUUUUUCUGAAGGCGAUGAAUUGGAAUUGGACAGUCUGUCAAGAAAGCGAAAGUUGCUGUUGGGUGAUCAAGAGGGGCCACCAGCUAAGAUGAGGAAAGAAUCUCCUUAUUUUGUUGCCCCAUUAGCAUUCUUGUUGGCUCAUUGUGAGGAAAAGCUACCAUUUGUUUCUUUAACUGAAGAGCUAACAAGAAGAAAUAUUCCACAUCAAGGUAUCCAAGUAGAUGGUGAAGGUAGCUGUAUGACCCUCACAAUAAUGGAUUUGCCAAAUUGUAAAGGUUGUACACCGGAAACCAUGGAUGAAUUAAGAAAGAAUUUAUUAUCUAGCAAAUUCAGGAUUCAAGUUCGUCCAACAAGGAACUGGAUUGUUGAGUUUGUUUUCACCAACUGUCCAAUCAAAACUACUAGUCCAAAAGAACAAGGUCCCAUACAACGAGUUUAUUUCUCCUUUGAUCUCAACACGGACCAAGCCAGUAAAACUGUUCAAGACCUUCUUGAUGAGUGGACCUUGGUAGCUAACCUGUAUCAGGCAGUUUAUAAUUUUUCACAUUUUUUUAAUGAUAGCAGGACAGGUUUACAGAAACUGAUUGAAGUACGGUCUUAUAACUACAGAAAACUGACCAUUGUUUAUGGAGUUACUCAGACAAGUCUUGUAAACAUAGCUUGGCGAAUAGACACUAAGUCUUUCCAUCUCACUCUAGGAACAUGUGGUCAAAAUGCAUCCACUAUCAACCCCCAUGUUUUAGUAAUCACCCAGCUUCAAGAGGAGCUUAAUUGUGCUAAUAGUACAGAUGCAGUUGCUAAUUUGGUUCAAUUACUGAAUGAUACAUGGAGUCCUUUAACAUCAAUAAAUAAAUUAAGCACCUCUCCAUUAUUGGGUGGUUCGACUCAUCCAAAGCAAUCUAUGCUUAGCUUCACUAUUAUACCACAGUCAACAACACAUGUUAGAAUUACCUUUCGCAAUGUGAGUUGUGUUGAUGUACAUUUCCGAAGUGGUAAAAUGGUAGCCGUCAGAGAUGGUGCUAUCAGUUUGUUCGAUACCAGCAAAGUGAUUGAUGGCUUCACACCUACGCCCGGUCUCAAAGCUUUCUUAAACAUGUUUGUUGAUGAAACGGUGACUGGGAGCCAUCCUCGGCGGCGUUCCACCACUGAAGAAGACCAUCCUCUGUCUCCUAUUGGAAUGGAUUCAGUUGAAAUCUUUCUCCCUCAGAACCCCUCAGUUGGUUCACCAGCCUCCCGGCCUCGACAAGAUGGUAACUUACGCUUUCAAAACCCCAUGACCCCACCAUCCAACCCUCACACUCCAGCUUCACCUAGUACAUCACGAAUAUCAUCUGUAAGUUUUCUUUUUUACUUUUCUUAUGUUUUAUCUUAA